UACAGGAAAUAGUUGUACUUAGUGAAAUUCCGCUUUGCUGUAAAGCGUACUUUGAUAACAGAUCUUUAAACUCAUUGUCUACUAUGAGUGAACAGUUAUAGAUCGCUAUUUGUGUGUACAGUUAAGUGAAUUACAUGCAGUUAUAACUGAACACUUCCAUGUGGUAUAGUAACACAGCGGAAGGGGAAACUUUACCGUGAGCAACAAAUCGCCGGGAUAAAAAUUCACUCUUUCCACAAUGCCGAAAAAGAUGGGAAUCAACUCGAAAGCCGUUGAGGCUCGGGAACGCAAAGCAGAAGCCAAAAAGGUCGCCAAUGAUAAAGCGGCGAAAGCGGCAGAGGAUGCACUAUGGGUAGACGACGACAAGCAGUUGGCGAAGAAAAAGAAGCAAAAGGAGGAAGACGAACGACGUAAAGCGGACGCGGCACGCAAGAAGGCUGAAACCAAAGCACUGCUCGAGGAAGAAAUGAACUCCAUCAAGACGACGGCAAAGGUACCGGCCGCAAAGGUAACACGAUCUCAAAUUGAGUCCGAAAUAGAGAAGCGUAAUCGUGCCGUGGAAGCGGCGACAGCGGCCACGGUCAAGCCGAAACUCGUCCCGAAGGAAAUCCCGCUCGAGGAGAAUCUGAACCGUGUGAUGGCGGACACGGAAGUAGCACAAACGAUCGAUCAAGCCAUUGCGGUACUCAGUGUGGGCGAUGCGUCGGCCGCCGAUCGGCAUCCGGAAAAGCGUAUGAAGGCAGCCUACAAAGCGUACGAAGAGGAAGAACUGAAACGUCUAAAGCAAGAGAAUCCCUCACUGAAACUGUCCCAAUUGAAACAGAUGAUUUUUAAAAACUGGCAAAAGGCCCCGGAGAAUCCAAUGAACCAAGUUCGAGUCUGAGUCUGUAGAAUCAUAUGCCGCCCUGUGAGAGCGUUUAAAAUGCUGAUGAAAUGCAGUUGUGUCAUCGUGUUAAGUUAGAGCAAUCGAUAACAAACGAAAUAUCGUGUUAGCCAUUUUCAAUUCAUCGGUGAUGACACGUUGGAAUAUGCUUUCGGACCAGUGAAAUCGAUUGCCCUCGAGUCCGGGAUUUUAGUUUCGUAAUUCGCUUUAUUGUCUCAUUAUUUUACUUCUUACACAGUACAGAACCGUUCUUCCUACGCGGUUACCGAUCAGUAACUUACUGGCUAGUGAAGGUUUUGCUGUACUCUCAUCCAAUUUCCUACCUCCGUACACUUGCUGCUUCCCACUUGCGGGUCCACCUUAAGGAUCUCAAGCAUUUGCAGCAGUGUUAUUUAUGCUGUAUUUUAAUCUAGCUUCCGCUCAACAUAACGCAGUUCACGAAGAUAAGCUUCCCAUUUGAAUAAUUUGCAAAAAAAAGGACAAAUUCAUUUGCAACUACCACGUUACAUCUUUCACAGAGCUCGAUAGAAGU